AUGGUCCAAGACCUGGGACCCUGACCGGCCUGUCUUCUCAUCAGGUGCGGGAUGGACAAGAGGGACAAGGCCAGGGCAGGGGCCGCUGCGCGGACGACGGCUUCUCGCCCUCUGGGCCUUCGGAAAACCCCCAGGCCCCCAGCGUCUCCUCGACCUCCUCCCCCAGUAAUCCCCGCAGCCCUCAAAGUUCUGGGAGCAGCGGGAGCUGCAGGGCGAGGGCCCCUGGCGGAGCGAGCAGGGGGCAUCCGGGCAGCAGCUCUUCCCGAAGCUGCUCCCCAAGUGGAACCCACGCGGAGCAUCGGGACAGGCCCGGGCAACCCAGCCACCAGGCCCCCAGCGGCUGGGAGAGGGGAGCGGACCCCUGCCAAGACCCCUGGCCCAGGCUCUAUCUCUAGCCCUGGACGUGCCAGCGGGACCACCAGGCUAGGCCCUCUUGGCCAGAAAGGGCUCCGGCCCCCAGCUGAGGAACCUAUGGGCAGAGGAAAAACCCCAGACGCUCCCAGAACGAGCGUCCUGAGUGUGGGGACACGGAGAGACUCUUCUGGUCCCAGCCCAGGCGCCCCUUCCCCAACCAUCUCUCAUCGGUCUCGGGGUGCGGGUGCUGAGGUGGGGCUCCCCCGGACAGCUUCGAAUGCCCGGCCCCGACCCCUGACCACAGCCCCCAGGAAAUCAGUGAGCAGUACCCCGGACCGCAGCCCCGCGGAGCCGAGCCCCGCUGCCAGGAGGCGACCCAGCUCCUGCGGGGGCCUCCAGAGGCCAGCCCCGCGCCCCCUGGGCUCCAGCGCCACUCCCUUGUCCUCCCCGGCCCGCUCUCGGGCCUCCCUGGGUGCAACGCCCCGGGCUCUGGGGCACCUCUCACAGGCCAAGCCGAAAGGACUGCAGGCUCUGCGCCCCCCGCAGGCCGCACCCCCAAAGAAGGGCGCAGCCACUCAGCAGAGCCUUUCUCCUCCUUUGGCCACAUCAUCUCCACCCUGUCAGACAACACAACUGGCACCGCCUACCCAUAUCACAGCUACUCCUCUGGGGGACGCGCCCCUCACCUCUCCACCGACCACGCCUUCUCCCGGGGCCCUAACGGGUCCUCUGGCCACGCCCUUCCCACUAGCCCCUCCUCCCUCUACUCCACUCUCCCCGCAGACACUCCAGUCUCCGCCAACCACACUCCCUUCCCCAGCUCCACCCACACACCUGGGUACAUCUCUUCCGGAGGCACCCGCCUCUCCCACGUCUUUUCUGGCACCAUUCCCUCCUUCAGGUUCACCCCCUCUGCAGAGUGCGUCGCCCACUCAGGUUUCUCCGGCUUUGCCCCCUCUUCCGACUCUCCCCUCUCCCUUGACCGCCCCUCCUUUGUCGGCUCCUCUGCCACCAGCCACGCCCCCUCUACAAGUCCCUCUUUCUCAAGCAGGGUCUCUGGGGAAUUUACCCUCUCCGCUAGCCACAGUCCCUCUGCAGGACUUUUCUGCUCUGACCACGCCCCCUCCACUGGCCGGUCCUCUGUCUCCGCCCCAUCUUCAGGCCACACCUCCUACGCCGAACCCUCUUCUAGCAAUGUCCCCUCUGCAGGCUCUUCCUUCUUCGCUGGCCAUGCCCUCAAUGCAGACCCCACCUCUCGCCACGUCCCCUUUUCAGGCCACUCCCUCUCUGGUCCUGUCGCCUCUACAGGCUCGACCUUUCCUGGCCUCACCAGCUUUGCAAGCCCCUCCCUCUCCCCUGGCCACGACCCCUCCACAGAGUCCAUCUUCUCUGGACACACUUUCUUUACAGGCCUCUCCCUCUUCUCAGACCCUGUCCCCUCUACAGGUCUCACUUUCUCUGGUCUCACCACCUCUGCAGGAUACUCCCUCUCCGCCCAUUCCUUCUUUCCUGGCUGUGGAUCCAGUGCAAACCCAACCUCUGGCCUUGCCUCCUUUGCAAGAACCUCCCGCUCCCAGGGCCACGCCCCCUCCUCUGGCUCCACCUUCUCUGGCCUUGUCCCCUCUGCAGGCCCCUCCCUCUCCCCCUGCCUCACCUCCUCUUCAGACCCCACGUCGCCCCCCUACCCCGGGUCCCGAUGUCCCGAUCCCGGGCCCACGGCUGACCCUGGCGCUGGCCUCCGCCCCGCCGCCGCCGCCCUCGCGCAGCCCGUCCAGCACUCUGAGCGGCCCGGACCUGGCGGGCCACAGCAGCAGCGCCACAAGCACACCGGAGGAGCUGCGCGGCUACGACAGGCGGGGCGGGGCUUCUAGCUCCCUUUGGCUAGUUUGGCCUCUUGCUGCAGGAGUGCCCCUGCCUUGGCCUCCGGCUGCGGGCUCUGGCUCUGCUGACGGCCUGUGCACAAUCUACGAGGCUGAAAGGCCCGAGUCGGAGACCUCCGCCCAAGGAGCGCUGGAUCCCGGGCCCGGGCCUGGCGCUGGUGGUGGGAAGGCAGCAGCCGUGCCGGGGGCGGGGGCGGCCUCGCGCGGCGUGAAGCCAGCGCGCCUGGGCGAGCUGCCUCUGGGGGCUCUGCAGGCCAGCGUCGUGCAGCACCUGCUGAGCCGGACGCUGCUGUUAGCGGCGACCGAAGGUGCCACUGGAGACAGCGGCGGUGGCCCGGGGAGCGCUGGGGGUGGUGGCGGCGCGGGGGGCGCCCGUACUGCGCUCAGAGAUGCUGAACUGGGUCGUUGGGCCGAACUCUUGUCUCCCCUGGACGAGUCUCGCGCCAGCAUCACCUCAGUCACCAGCUUCUCCCCGGACGACAUGGCAUCCCCGCAGGGUGACUGGACCGUUGUGGAGGUGGAGACCUUCCACUGAGCCAGACUCUAGCUCCUCCCACCACUGCCCACCCCUGCCUUAGUAUCCGCCCCUCCGGUUACGCCUCUUUGUCUUAGACCCCGGUCCCCUCCUUCUGGAGUCCAGAUCUCUGUGGGAUUGGUAUCAGUCACUCUAGAGCCCUAGAAUUUUGGCCCAGGUUCGUGACCCACCCACGCCUUUGGCCAAGGUCCUCCCCUGGAACUUCGCCCCUUUGGCCUAGGACACGCUUCCGCUUCCCUUGAACCCCUCUUCCCUCGAGCCCCGCUUCCUUCCUCAGCCUAGGUCCCAUCCCGUGUCCAGUGUAUUGUCCGCCGCACGCAGCCCGAAUUUGCAAUAAAGCCGGGACACUGCAA